GCCUGACUGACACUCGUCUAGCCUCAAUCAUCAGCACAUCGCAUCUCUUCCCUGAGCAAUGAAGGCGUGCGCAGCAACCGUCGUCCUCCUCUUGGCCUAUGUCAGCCAUGUUUCUUUAGCUUGCCCGCCCGUGUGCAAAUGCUACCCGAGAAGAGCCGAGGUGGUCUGCAAUCAGGUUCCCCUGACGUCCUUCCCCUCCGAGGGCCUGCCCAGGAACACCAGCACCCUCACCAUCCAGUUCACCAACAUCACGUCCAUCACCGAGCAGGAUCUGGAAGCUACGCCCCACCUGAAGGAGCUCCAUUUGUUCAACAACCGCCUGAAGAACCUUUCCUCGCAUCUUCUCAGGGGCGUUCCUCACCUCACAGCUUUGGACCUGACUGGCAACAAAUUGACCCACUUGCCCGCGGACGUCUUCAGCCACGCUCCUCUUCGCAGCUUGGUGCUCAAGAACAACCUGAUGGAAAUAGCGGACGCCGGGUGGAUUCCGGACAACAGCAACCUGACUUGGCUGGACAUUUCUGGGAAUCGCUUGACCAAAAUCCCAGCUGACUUCCUCCAGAAGAUGCCACAACUGGAGAGCCUCGACCUCUCCAACAACCUCCUGGAGAACAUCUCUGCAAAUGCUCUGAAUCAACUCACCAAGCUCGACCGCCUAAAUCUGCGCAACAACAAACUGGACGACCUGGAUGCUUCCAUUCUUGCUAGCACCCGUAACCUCACCUACUUGUUCCUGUCCAGGAACCGCCUCACACACCUCCCCGAGAAUAUUUUCCAGGAGCUCACUCAGCUCAAACACCUCACCCUGGAUGACAACAAGCUGAGCAACAUUCCCACGGGACUGCUGGACAACCUUGAGUCUCUGGAUGCCGAAGGACUGGACCUGACCGCCAAUCCUUGGUUGUGCAACGGUCAGCUGGAGUACCUUUUCAGGUGGCUCCAGAAGAACCAGACGAGGCUCUUCCUCCCUGAGACCAUCACAUGUUCUGGUCCGCAGUCUCUGAAGAGCCGCUCAGUUAUGUCAUUGUCAGAAAGUGAACUAAACCUUCAGAGCUUAAAAAUGAGCUUAAGGCUUCUUCUGACGGUUUUUGUUCUGACCACCUGUGGCAUCCAUGCUUGCCCGCACUUGUGCUCCUGCUCCUUUUCACCUUGGGGCGCCGAGGUGGAGUGCAGUGACACCUCCAUGACGUCCUUCCCCGUGGACGCUUUCCCUCCCAACACCACUCGCUUAUCCGUCCAGUCCACCCAGCUCAGCGCCGUAGAACCCGGUCAUCUAGGCGCAGUGACCCUUCUGAGGAGUCUCCAGCUGUAUCACAACAAACUGGACAAGCUUCCUUGGGAUCUCCUGAGGAACACUUCCCAGCUGACCACUUUGGAUCUCACAGGUAACCAACUCGUACGAUUACCUCUAAAGAUCUUCAACCAGAAGUCGCUGCGUAACCUGCUCCUUAAGAACAACCUCAUUGAAGAAGUUGAUGCUGAGUGGUUCUCGGAAACCAGCAGCCUCAUUCAGCUCGAUUUAUCCGGGAAUCAAUUAUCCCGCAUCCCGUCUGUUUUUCUCCACAAACUGGAAUAUCUAGAACAUUUAGACCUGAGCCACAACAACCUUGAGGAACUCCAAGCCGGAGCCUUGAAGAACCUCCACCAACUGGACACCCUUAACCUCGCCAGGAACAAACUGAGCACCCUGAACCAUUCACUUUUCAAACACAACCAGAGGCUCUCACGACUCUUCCUGCAGGAGAAUCAUCUCAGGGAACUUCACCCGGCGCUCCUCUCGGGUCUGCCCCGCCUUCAGAUGCUUCUUCUCAACCAGAACCAGCUCCAACGUCUCCCCCAAAGCCUGCUGGAUGGCACAAACUCUACUUUCCAGAUGAUUCUGACAGGGAACCCGUGGCUGUGUGAUGAGAAGAUAGACUAUCUGCGGCGAUGGCUUAUUGACCACCCUGGCGAUGUCUUCUUUUUGGACGAGGUCACUUGCACCGGCCCGGAAACUCUCAAAAAUAGGCCGGUGGUAUCUUUAACAGGACAUGACCUUGGUCUUGUCGGAGAUGAGGAAUUGCCUCAUUCUGUGGAAAAACACAAUUGAAAAUGAUCAUAAACAUCAUUGCACAAUGCAAAUACACCCUCUAGUGGCGGUGCAAUUUAGUGUGUAGAUCAACACCAAAAUUCUGGGUUAUUUUGAUAAACCAAUUUAUGAGUUGCUUGUGUUGGGUUACAUUUUUUAGUUAUUUUUAUGAAUAGCAAUCCAUUUUUUGGGUUAUAAAGAUAUUAUUUCAACUAAUUUCCUGGGUUUUCAAAAUGAUGAACCAUUUCUGGGUUGUUUUUCAACUAGCAACGCAUUUUUGGGUAAAAUUCUUUGUUGUUUUUAUUAAAAAAGAUACUUUUUUCUUGAAGGGAAUUUUAUUAUGGAUUAAUCUUAUUAACAUUAUUCACCCAACAUUGAGUUAACAUAACUCAACUUUUGGGUUAAAUAAUUUAACCCAAUAGUUAAGUGGUUAAUAACCCAACAUUUAGUUAGCAUAACUCAACUUUUUGGUUAAAUAAUUCAACCCAAUAGUUAGGUGGUGAAUAACCCAACAUUUAGUUAGCAUAACUCAACUUUUGGGUUAAAUAAUUCAACCCAAUAGUUAGGUGGUGAAUAACCCAACAUUUAGUAAGCAUAACUCAACUUUUGGGUUAAAUAAUUCAACCCAAUAGUUAGGUGGUGAAUAACCCAACAUUUAGUAAGCAUAACUCAACUUUUGGGUUAAAUACCGUAUUUUCCGCACUAUAAGCCGCCCCGGGUUAUUAGCCGCACCUUCAAUGAAUGGCAUAUUUCAAAACUUUGUCCACCUAUAAGCCGCCCCGGACUAUAAGCCGCGCCUACGCUGCGCUAAAGGGAAUGUCAAAAAAACAGUCAGAUAGGUCAGUCAAACUUUAAUAAUAUAUUAAAAACCAGCGUUCUAACAACUCUGUCCCAAAAUGUACGCAAAUGUGCAAUCACAAACAUAGUAAAAUUCAAAAUAGUGCAGAGCAAUAGCAACAUAAUGUUGCUCGAACGUUAAUGUCACAACAC